AUGACGCUCUACUACACUCUCGUCUUUUUGUUGUUGGUGUUUGAGAUGGCGCUGUUCAUGCUCCUGAUCAUCCCGCUCCCCUUCAACGUUAAGCGCAAGAUCUUUACCUUCAUCUCUGAGAACCCCGUCGUCGCCAAGAUUCAGUACUGGAUGAAGAUCACCUUCAUCUUUAUCCUGAUCCUCUUUAUCGACAGCGUCAACCGAGUCUACCGUGUUCAGCUUGAGCUCAUCGCCGCGUCGGAACAGUCUAAGCAGGGAGGCGCUGCCGUCAUGGGUCACGAACGUCUCGAAGUCCAAGCCCGCAAGUUCUACUCUCAGCGCAACAUGUACCUCUGCGGCUUCACCCUGUUCCUUUCGCUCAUCCUCAACCGCACCUAUGUGAUGAUCCUCGAGGUGAUGCGUCUCGAGGACAAGGUCCGCGCCUACGAGGGCACCAAGCAGAACACCAAGGAGAGCGAGAAGCUUGCCGUCGCUGGCAAGCCCGGCGAGCUCGCCCGUCUCCGGGAGGAGCUUGAGAAGAAGGAGCAGGACCUGCAGAACCUUAAGAAGCAGAGCACUCAGCUUCACAAGAGCUACGACGAGCUUAGCGACAAGUAUGCUGCCACUCAGCAGACUGGUGAGGAUAAGAAGGGUAUCUAA